GAACCUGUACAAACACACUGUCUCCUUUUUUGGCAUUUGAAAGUUAAUCUGCAAAUACACAUAAUCAUCUGAAAUCUCCAGUUUUAAUUGGAUUUUUUUUUUUUUCAGUUAAUGCAUGUGUCUGCUGAAGCCCAUGUGAAUUUUCAAGCUCAAAGGCUGCGCUCCCAAAUUUUAGCUGGUAAAGUGUCUGGAUGCUGACGGGAUCAGUUCCAUGAUGGGUGGGGAUGCUGUGGAAGAGCUCAGCCAUGGAUGUGGCUGCUCCAGUCCCUCUGGGCUCCCCCAGAACAGCAAGGCAGGAACAGAGUUUGUGCCCCUGUUUUAACAUUGGUUCAUGGGGUUAAAAUGCACAAGCAGGUAAUGAAUAUCCAUAUUUCAGGCUCUUAAAUCCCAUUUCGUUUCCUAGAAAUGGACAGAAGCCCCAUCCAAGCAAUCCCGUGCUGGCUCUAAAUACUCUGUGUCCUGUCUUAACUGGGACUUAUUGUCCCAGCUCUGAUAAAGUUGCCUCUCCAGAGCUGGAGAUAAUUCCUCUGACGUCUCCUCGUUUUCCGCUUCCCUCUCUUUUCUGAUCUCUUUCCAUAAAGAUCAGUCCACAACCCACCCCCCCCACUUCCUUGUGAUAAAGAUUUCACUUAUUAAUUUGGGAAUCUGGUAUCCAAGAAAGUGAAAGGGGAAAUAAAUUUAGCUUUCUUAAAAUCAGAGGGUUUUAUUUAAAAUCUCUAAUGCUAUUUUGAAAUAGUUCGUUCUUCCCAGCCUGCCUCCAGCAGGGGACAAAUCCCUUAAAUUCUCAUCUCCUCCAUCACACUGAGAUUCCUUCAGGUUGAGUUUCCAGACCUCUGUUUGUUGCAAGAAAAAUGCUGGAAAAAUGCAAAGCAUUGUUUGCUCUUGUACACUGAGAUUUUUUUGUUUAUUUUUACAAGGAGGAAUGUUUGGUGUGCCUAUGUGUGAGUCAGGGGAAAGGGGAUGAAACACCAGUAACUGGAGGGUUUGAGGGGGACAGUGUGGGAUCCUGGGCUGUGAUUUGGGUUUUUUGGUUGUUGGUGCCUCUUCCAGGGGCGCUGGGGAAGCGAGGUCCCCAUGAAUCACUGCAGGCUCACAGUGCCUCUGAAUCACGGCGUGUGUCAUGUUUUUGGUGACCCAUUUUUCUUUCCCUGUCCUAGCUCAGCCACGUGUUUUCUCCCCUUGGCUGGCAGCAGAAGGACCAGAAAGGAGAAGGGCAGAAGGCUCGGACAAAACCCAGUGGUUUGAAGCUCGAUUUUCACUGACAGGAUCCCACUUUUCCCUGGGGAAAGUUUUUUCUUCCUUUGCUUUAACUUGAACCUGCCAGGGGUCGAUAAAUCUUCAGUGCCAAGAGAUGGACAGCUGUUUAAGCUUCAUCAGGGUAUUGAGGCUGAUACAUAAAGUCACUGAGUGUGAUGUUGGCAGGAGCCAGUGUGCUGGACCAAAUCCUGGAGCUAAACCCACUCCCUCGGGUGAAGGAUGCAGCCCCAGGCACUUCCCUCCAAAUUCUAAAUUCUAAAAUCCUUGUCUCCCACCCUACAAGGGUGUGAUGACCUACAUUAAGUCACCAUGUAAUGACUUAAUUAAACAGUGUAUGAACUGCUUAAACAUUCAGGAUGUAAGCAUGAGGUAACAAAUGUGUGAACAGAAUCCGGUUUAAGUUUCAUAUUACCACCUGUCCAUUCUAGAAUAAAAUUCUAGCAGUUCAAAAUUAUUCAUGUGCAAAUUCUGCCAUGCCAAGGCAUUAGUAAACUUCAACCUCACAGUUCAGUUUGUUCAGACCAACAGCUUGGACGGGUCCCCUGCAGCAAAGUGGGCAUUCAGCUGCAGGUUGAGGUGCUGGUGUUUGGGAAUGUUUGGGAGGCAAGGCUUUGGGAAUGCCCCCUGGCAUCAGCAGGAGCUGGUGCUGCAGCAGCACCAGAAGCCUCCUUCCAUCCUGCCAAGGAGCUGAGUGCUCAUUUCCAAACUCCUCUUAUUUUGAGCAACCCGUGGCUCUCCGUGAAGUCACUCGUUUGCCGCCCGACGCGCGCCGGGCGCUCCUCGGCCCCGCGCCGUCCCCUCCUCCCUGUUUUGGAACCUGCCCUGUGUUUUCUGGUGGCUACCAGCGUAAGCCAGAAUGUGCCCAUUCCACAAAGGAAACUCUGGCCUGUGCAGGGUGAUUCUCUGCUGUGUUUACCUGCGUUUCCUUCGCCACGUCAGAGAUCUUGACGGUGCAGUUUCGCUCUGACUCACUCUCUGCUUACUGCUGUGGAAAGGCAUUGACUCUGCACUUACUACAACCCUUGCUUCAUGAAUGAAUAAAGCACCUUUUCCUAAAGAGUGUCCGGGGGAUGUGGGUGUACUUCUAAACCUUUAGGAAACAGCUUUCAUGUUUGCCAAGAAGAUUUCAGGAAGGAAAAUGUGUUACUCAAAAGCCAUCCGUGCACUUUUACCCACCUCCCACAAGCUUCUGAGAGUGGCGGGUUCACAGGAAACAGCAGGGCAGCAGAAUGCUGUUUCUUCACUAAAACAGAGGCCUUUGGGCAAAUACUUUCCCCCACAGCGUGGCACGAGGGCAGAUUUGUCCUGGGGAUCAUCCUGGGCACCCUGCACUGGGUGAGGCUGCACUGGUGGGGCUGGGGGUUGGAAAUCCUCAGGGUCCCGUCCUCUGGAGCAGGGUGGCACCUCACCCUGCUUAUUAAAGGGGCUUUUCUUAUGUGGGCAAGUUUUUAGGUGGCAAAUUUUUGCUUUUUUUUUUGCCUUCUUGGUCUCUGUCAUUGCUCUUGGGCAGAGGGACAUUGUGUGUUGUGUAACACCAUCCCUGGAGGUGUCUCACCAUCCCUGGAGGCCUUUAAGGAGUGACUGGACAUGGCACUCAGUGCUCUGAUUUGUUUGACAAGGGCAUGACGUUGGAUAUUUCACAUCUGGAGACCUGCUUUCUACCACCCUUGUCGGAAUUUGCGACGUGACUCACGCCGACCUCGGCAGAGAAACCCACGGGGAUCUCAGCACUGGAGUGAGGAGCGUGUGCUCUGAGCGAGCAGGGAGGAUGGACGAGGUUGUCUCAGGUAAGUUAAGAGUGUAAAAGUAUUCCAAAAAACCCCCCUGAAUCUACAAUCCAUUCACCAAAUAUCACAUGCACUGCCUUUAUUUUUUUGGGCUUUCUACAGAAACAACUUUGAGCAACUCCUCCCUUGGGCAGCUCAUUGCACAAGUGCUGCUUUGAGGAGUUUCUUUUCUCUAGUUUUGGUAUUACUGGGGGGCGUGGGGGGAGGUGGAUCUUCUGGAGAAUAUUGACUUUGUCAUAACUUAGCACCAACACCCUGACCCAUAACACAAAUACAAAGUAUUUCUAGUGAUGAGGGGUCACAAGACAGAAACUGGUUAUCUCGGUUUGGGAAAUCAGAUAAGGCAAAGCACAACAUGACCCUGGGGUGAGUUGCAGAGCCAGCAUCACUCACGUUCCACAGCAGCAUCAGGCCCUCGCCCUGGAGCCAACAACAGGCUGGGCCACUCACCCAGUGGGGUUUGGGGUGGUUUUUUGUGUGGUGCCAGGCAGCUGACGCCGUGGGUUUAGAAAUCCUGGGCUUUCUUUGCUGCCCCACAAGCUGCAGACGAGCACGUGCCGUGGAUGGUGAUGCUGCACGUGCUGGUGGGUCAUGCCUGGUGCUCGAGGGAUGCUGCAGCAUCCCCAGGGCUGCCAGGGGAUUUCCCAUGUCUUUCUGCUCCAAAAUCAUUUAUUAAAAAAUGAUCCAUCAGAUGUGCUUUUCAGAGGUUUCAGAGGCUUUACAACGUGUUGUUUAAAACAUUCUACCUCCACGUGUUCAGAUCUCCCUUCUCUUUUCUCUUUUUUUCUUCUCCUUUAUUCUGUUUUUUUCCAGAGGGAGCAGGUGAUCCAACCUGGCUGUUUCCCCUGCCAAGUAUCUUAAUCACUUCAUCUUAACUACUGAGACCCAAAGACAGCAUGGUAUCAUAGAAUGCUUUGAGUUGGAAGGGACCUUAAAGAUCAUUUGUUUCCAACUUCCCCCCUGCCAUGAGGGCUGAACUUGCCUUAUGAAAGCAGUAGAGUUCAGACACUGAAAAGCUAUUCCCAAAAUCCUCUUGCUCCCAGGGGUAUGACCUGCUGCUCUCCAGGGGAGCUGAGGUGUCUGCUCCACUGCUGCUCAGCCCUGGUCUCCUUGAGCUUCCUCAGCACUUUGCCAGGGAUUUAUCUUUUUGUGGAAGUCUGAGGAAGAUUUACUUCAUUAACAGGAUCAGGCACUUGUGACUAUUUUGGUUGUUGCUUUCCCUGUUGCUUCUGAGGGCUGUAACCAGGAAGUGGAAGAUGAAGCUGAAUGGUGGAAAACCCCUCUCACUGAAAACAGUGUUUAAAAAUAAGAAUAUUAAAAAAAAAAAAAAAGGAGAAAUUAAGAGAUCUGAAGGGAACUUACUCUGCUGGCUGUCCCUGCCUGUCAGGAAAGGAGACGUGGGCACUUCAUCUCCCACUCCUCAGAAGUGGCCAGGAGUGUGUCUGCUGGAAAUACGAAGUCAAAUUAAGGCCUUGCAACGGCCCUGAUUUAUAUUUAUGACUAAAAGGGGUUGUGCAGUGAGGAACUGCAUUGCAAGGGACCAAGUCUUCAGUUUUCCACCGAGAUCAGAGGACACUGGUUAGCAGAAGGCCAGGCUGGUGGAGCCACGUGUGCCAGGGUCAGGCAGAGCUUUUCAGGGGAAUUGGUAAGAGGAUGAACCUCUGGAAAAAUUAACCUUGCCUCAUAGCCUGGCUUUCCAAGAAUUCAUGCCUAGAAGCAAACAGUGGUCAAUUUUCCCAGUUUUUCUCAUUUUUGCUGGUUGUUUUAUCAAAUAAUGUAGGAAUUAGUGGAGGUGCCUGGUGUCUCUUAUUCCUGAUCUCCCUCUGCCCCAGAGCUGGAGCAGGGCUCCCUGGGUGCCUCUGUGUGUGUGUUCACGUGCAUCCAGCCCCAGUGAAACCAGCUUUGGCUCCUCCUGGUUGUGAAAUUGAGACGGGCACGAUUCAAACCCAGCCAAAAACCGAAACCCGGCUCCAGGUUGCAUCGUGAAUCCACGGCCAAUUUACUGAAACACGAGUUUCGGUUUUGGUGAAAGCUAAAUCUAUGACAGCUCUGCCUGGCUAUUGGAGUGAUUCAUUUGCUCCCCAGAGAAUUCAAAGCCAGAGCUGAUGGCAGCCAGCUCUCAGUUUCUCCUCUCUCAGGCUUCAUUUAUUGCCUGCGCUGUCAGCACGUUUCACCCUCGGGGGCAAACCCGGCUGCUGUGUGGGACAGUUGGAUUCAUCACCUGCUCCAGCCUGAGCCACAGCCUGGUUUUCUGUCAAAAGGCACUCAGGAGUAUGGUUUGGGGGUGAUCAUGGUUAUGGUUGGUGGUUGGACUGGGUGAUCUUGAUGGUUUCUUCCAGCCUGGAUGAUCCUGUGAAAUGUCCUGCCUGACCUUGGCUGUCACACCAGUGUUUAGCUCUUCCAAAAACAAGGGUGGGAGGAAUACAAGAGCUGGGUGAUGGGUAUGUGCAUCUCAGCAGGCCGUGGUCUGGCAUCUGCCACGAGCUGCCCAGAGCCCUGUGCUGGUCCUGACAGUGUUGGUGCUGCUGCUGUCGUUGCUCCUGUGACAGCCACAGCAGCACCAAAUGUGAAGGAUGUUCCUCUUCCCCUCUGAGAAUAAUUUGGAAAUCUGGAAAGCCAUGCCAUGCAAAGCUCUGGCUCUGGGGGGAUAUUUCACCACAAAGCAGCCCCUGUGGCUCCUGCACAGCAAAGUCUUUGCUCUGCUGUCGUGUCAGCCCUGGUAUCUCUGGCACAUGAUGUUCUGUCCUUUGGGAUUGUUGUUCUUUGUGAAUCUCCACGUGCUGCAGGCAGCCCCUGAUAGCCAACGCUGUUUUCUGUGACUGUUGAAUCACCAAAGCAAAGAACUUCAGCUUUAGUUUUCUAAAUAUUGACAAGUCUUCUCCCAAGACAAGCCUGUUGGUGAGGAACAGCCCCCCAGAGCUGCCUGCACAAGCUCUUCUGCUGGCCCCUUUCCAAGGGGCAAACUUGCUCUAUCCACAGUGUGACCCAGUGUCCACAGGAGCCUGGGAAUGCCUGGAACAAGUGGAGCAACCUGAUACCUGGUAAUGUGAAUUAUGAUUGCGGCGCUAAAUAUAAGAGAGGGGGGGAAAAAAAAAGUUUAAAAUUAGAAGCAGGCACAGCAAACAAAUGUAAAGUCUGCAGGGAAGAUGUUCAUGAGGGCUUCUCAUGGCUACGAAAAGUGGAAGUUUGAUUUGCUCAGAGCACUCUUCAUAUUCACUGAUCACAGCUCUCUCCCUGGGAAAGACCUCUCAGGAAAGUUUCGUUUCUUGGUGAAAUGUUGGUCCUCCCAACACGGGCACUUCUCAGGCAAGUCUUGACUGCACUUCAGCAGUUUCUGUACAUGGGUAUGGUGUGUUCUAAGAGCAGAGCCAUUGCUAAUAUAUCAGAUGGCCACAUCAAAAAGCUUCUGAAACCUCCUGGAAACUGCAAAAGCCUCAUUCAUUAAGCCUGUGUUUAAUCUCGUUGGCAGAUCUGAGUCUGAAAUACUCACACAUUUGGAGGCUGGUGCAAAUCCUGCCAUGGGGUGUUGGGCUUUACAUUGUUCUCUCCUGGGUCUUUCUGUUCACCUUCAAAGGCAGAGAAGUUCUUUUCAGGCAACUGUGCCUCAAUUUUUGCUGAAAUAACCAGUUUGCUUCACAUGGUGGGGAAAAAGAGUUAAAAACCAACAUGAAAAUUUCGCUCUCUGACUGGGAAAUCUUGCUGAAAUAAAUAGAUUCAAGCUGAGAGUAGGUUUAGAUGGGAUAUUAGGAAAAAAUCCUUCCCUGUGAGGGUGGGGAGGCCCUGGCACAGGUUGCCCAGAGAAGCUGUGGCUGCCCCAUCCCUGGAAGUGUCCAAGGCCAGGUUGGAUGGGGCUUGGAGCAACCUGGGCUGGUGGAAGGUGUCCCUGCCCAUGGCAGGGGGUGGAACAAGAUGAGCUUUAAGGUCCUUUCCAACCCAAACCCUUCCAUGAUUCCAUUAGUUGAUCACAAAAGUGUUGCAUGUACCUAAGCAGUGUCUUCUAAGCUUCUUGGAUGACUCCUGAGCUGUUGCAGUUUUGGGAUGAAAAUUUCCCAAGAGCAAUUUAAUUCUCCAGAGGGUCCCUGAACUGAGCAGGGGUUUGUUGAGCUGCCUUGAGCUGGUCCUUGGCAUCCCACAGCUCAUGAACUGCCCUGGUUUUGAGCACAGGGGCACUUCAUCUCCACUCACCUGGACGCAGAGGUGGCUGCUGAAAACCAAGUGCUGGAUAGUUAAAAAAAAAAAAAAGCUUCCAGGAGCUGCUCUUGAGCUGUAAUUAUUUAACUCUAAAGACAUGAAAUGUUCAUUUCCCUUUGGGGAAGAUGCCAUUUAUGAUAACCAAAAUAUGAGUUCAUGUUUUAUCGAAGCAGGGGAAACAAGUACCUAACCUUCAACACCCCCCACCCCGGUGACUAAAUCGAUGCUUUUCUGCGGAAGAGAUGUUGAUGUACAAGAUCCUCCACCACGCUUUUCCUCUUCCACAAAGAGCAAAGGAGAAAUGGUUGUUUCAUUGUUUCACUGAGGAUAUUUUCAUGUUGCUGUGGUUGGCAGGUAGGUGAGAGCCAGGUGAUUUGCUUCCAUCAGGACUUGGUCCAAUGCAUGCUGAUGGCUUUAAGUUGAAAGAGAGGAGGUUUAGAGUAGAUAUUGGGAAGAAAUUGCUCCCUGUGAGGGUGCUGAAGCCCUGGCACAGGUUGCCCAGAGAAGCUGGGGCUGCCCCAUCCCUGGAAGUGUCCAAGGCCAGGUUGGACAGGGCUUGGAGCAACCUGGGCUAGUGGAAGGUGUCUCUGCCCAUGGCAGGAGAUGGAACCAAGUGACCUUUAAGGUCCUUUCCAACCCAAACCAUUCUGUGAUCCCUGUUGAUGCCAUCCUGAGGGACACCCAGCCAGGUCUGUGGCAAGGCCCUGGACCCUGAUAAUACAACAUUUCCCUCCUGUUCCCAUAUCACCCCCAAACCUCCCCUGCACCUGCCUGGCAGUCUUUAACCCACAACUCUUUCUUGCCUGCUGGCACUCAGCUGACCCAUUUUGAGCUCCAGUUCAGUUACCAAAAGGAAAAAAAAAAAUAAAAAGAAAUCCCUUUUUGUCAUCUACCAUUUACAUAAUGAAGUAAGAACUCAUUGCCUCUUCCCUUGUUUCUUCAUCCAGGCUGGGUGUGCACCGGGCUCCUGGGAAUGCUGCUGCCACUUCCUCUGCUCCAAGCAAAACUUUUGCUGGAAUUACAGGCAACAGCUGGGAACUGGGGGAGGAAGGGAGGGAUUGACAGCCUUGUGCUUUCACAGAUCCCUCCAACACCUCAGCAAGGGCAAAUGCAACCUGCUGCAGAUUUGGACCUGCCCUUUGGAUGAUUUACAGGGCGAAGGCGCAGCGGGAGGGAGGCACGUUGGGUGCAUUUGGGGCAGUUUCAGCAACGCUCUGUGCAAUACUAUGACUAGCCUGGGCAUAAAAUCCAUUUGCCUAGUCUUUCCUGGUGAUGGAUAUAUGUUUGGUUAUCAAUAAAUUAGUCACUCAGCAAAACUGUACAGAACAGCCCUGGCCCACAGGCAGUGGCACAAGAUACACCUGCAUUGCAAGAGGUGCACGCUGGGGCUGCUGCUCUCAGUGGGAACCUUCUCUGGAGGUUGGCUGUGGGAUUAAAGAGGUGAUUUUACCACCUCCAUGCCCUCUAAGUCCACCUGACCAUCCUUCCUGGGCACAGAUAGUCCAAGAAGUUUUUUUAACUGCUCCUUUUUGUUUGUAGAAUGAGCCUGGCUCUCUCCAGAGGGGUUACAGGAACAACCAAACCAGCCUCGGAGCCAACAGCCCGGUGAACCAGCCUGGGGUUUGCACCAGUAGUGCCACUUUCAUGUGACAACAUGCCCCAGCUGGCAAACCCUGGCUCCCUGGGGGCAGCCUGGAUCUGAAAUGUUGGUGGGAGAAUGUAUCUGCUCUGCUGGAGGACCUCGCCUGCAUCAGUUUUGCUCAGCAGCGAAAUCUUGGGGUGGGAUAAUCAUGGGCUUGUUAUUUUGCUGUUGGGCUGGUGGAUUUUGAGAAGCUGGAGUGAAAUUUCUGUUCCUCUGUAGGGUGACACCUUUGGACUGUGCAUAAUGAUCACCAAAGUCACCUGUGACCCUGGAGACCAAGAGAUUUCUGCCACCAAGGUGGGAGCUGUGCCAUCCAAAAUCCCUGACCUUGUGUACCUGUGCUCCAGGGACACACGGUGCAGAUAAGUGUCCACCCACCUGAGGAGCGAGCCUGGAAGCAGAAUUCCCUGAGCCUGGCAGGGGAAGGCCAGGACAAUGAUGGAGAAAGGUCUGGACAACUUCCUGAGUCACAGCUCUUCUACCAGAGCACCUUGUCCAGUGCCAGAAGCCCUGGGGUGUUCGGACCAUGGGGUGAUGCCACUCAACUUCCCACAACUUCCCACAUCCCAAGACCUCUGUGACAAGCCAGGAAGGGGCCCUCUCCAGGAAUCACUUGGUAGCAUUGGCUCCAUGCUGGGGAAGCCCCCGAGCUUGGCAUUUUCGGGAUGCAACACCCAUGAUGGUCCCUCCUUUUGGUCACAUCCUUCUUCCCGAAUGAAAAAUGACACAGCAAUGCCAGGAGUUCCCGCCUCUGUAGGUGAGGAAAACACCUGGGGGGGAGAGAGAGCUGGUCCCUUUCCCCUGCUCAUUAAUUCAGCAAAUUACAAAGGGAAAUACAUGCCGGGAAAAGCAAGAAAAAUCCCAAAAGUUAAUCCAAGAGUUAUUUCCUCCUGGUACCGGGAUAAAAACGUGUUCUUCGGAGCUCUCCAGGUCAGACAUCAUCCAGACAGGUGAACCCACACCAAAGAACAAGGUAAAACACUGAUUUUUAUCCUUUUGCUCUAUGUGCUCGUGGGUAUUUCCUUGUAUUCCUAUAAGGUGUCUCUAAAAUAGUUUUUUCCUUAAUAACCUUAAUUUUCAGUGCUAGUAGAACUUGUGUUUGACUUCUGUUAUUCCUGAGGGAAAGCGUUUUCCUUUGGGAAUCAGAGUUUGGAACCUGCUGCUUUCAGUCACAGUUACCUCCUGCUGCUUCUGAGUUAGUAGACAUUUAAAAAUUUAAUGUAUAUCCAUAUUUAUUUCUCCCAUGAAAUAUUUUUCAGAAGAGCUAUGUCUAUUUACGUGCAAUUCUUUUACUUGCCUUUUAUUUAUUUUUCCUCAUUUUCUUUUGGGCUCUUCUGUUAAAUAUUUGAUUUUGUUUGAUUUUUUUUUUCCUCUUGCUGAUGAAGAGUAAAAAAAAAAAAUGACUAAGAGAUGCUACCCAGUGUGGUUUUUUAAAUAGAGAUGUACUUUACAAGUGCUAUAUAAAAUGUUUAUAUUUUCAUGUGCAUCACAAUUGUGUUAUUUAGCAAAGAUAACGAGUCAGUGCUGUUUUCCUUGAGCAGCUGAAAUGAAGGGAUCCCACUUGUUCCUCUGCCUCUUCUCCAUGUGCUGCUGGGUGGAUUUGAUGCCCACAGCUGGGAACAAAAUCCUGCACUUUGGAGCCUGCAGGGUUUCCAUGAGCAUGACUGAGAUCAGGGCUGGUUUCACAGCAAUUAAAGCCAACAUUCAAGCAAGAGACCCCAUCCGGACCCUGAGCAUCUUGUCCCAUCCACACUCCCUGCACAAGGUUAACUCUUCAGAUAGGUGCUGCAUCACCCACCACCUCUUCAACUUCUACGUGGACAAAGUUUUCAAGCACUGCAAGACCGAGGAUUCGUACGUGAACCGAAAAAUCAGCAGCAUCGCCAACUCCUUCCUCAGCAUGAAGAGGAAGCUGGAGCAGUGUCAUGAGCAAAAUCAGUGCCUGUGUGGGCAGGAAUCCACUGAGAAAUUUAAGCAAAUACUUGCAAACUAUGAAGGGCUGAAUGUCACAAAUGCAGCAAUGAAAUCCCUGGGUGAGCUGGACAUCCUGUUAGACUGGAUGGAGAAAUCUCCUUAGGGAGCAGGAGGCAUCAACAACCCACCACGGCCGGGGCUGACGGAGCUGCUGGGACCUUGCACACCCCAGUGAUGAGAGGGACAAAAAUGCCCUGUAUCAGUGCAGCCCCUCACUGAUUCCAGCUGGGUUCAGUCAAACAGAGUGCUUUGCUAGCCAGGCACAUCAGUCAAGGCACCAACAGAGUCUUCAUUAAGAUGGAAAUAACGAGUUUGAUUAAAUCAGUGCUGCCCUUGCUUUGCUGGCUUCUAUCAAAGGAUGCUCCAAGGGAAAGAGCUCAAAGGGUUUCUCUUGCUAGCAGACAUAAGCUGUGACCAUGUAAUAAAAUUGUUGUUUAAGUUAUAAAUUUUCUGUGUAGGGAGUGUAUAUUCAGAUAGGAAAUGUGUAUUCAUGAGUGCUGAGUGCUGGCUGGAAGGACUCUGGUGCAGCUUAAACCUGGGCUCAGUCUCACAGGGCUGCUGCCACUGAUGGAUGUGGCUGAAACAAGGUGCACAGUGUGAGAAAUGCUUCCAAGAAUAGGUCCUAGAAGGUGUGUGAGGCCUCAGAGAUCUGUCUGUCCUUUUGAGAUGAUAUUUUCUGCCUUAUCAGUAAAAAAGUUUCUGUGCAAGAUAUGUGGUUGCUGAAUAGAAAAAGGCUCCUGUGUGUGUUGUGCAAUUUACUGACACUCAGUAGUGAGUUUUGUGGAAAUUGGUUGCAAUGACUGUAAAUAAACCCCACUCGAAACUGUGCUGAGUCUGUCAGAAUUCUGAGGAAUUAUAUGAUUCUUGCUGGUGAAACUUUCUGAACUCACUGAGCAGUUG